AUGCCUAUACCAAUCAAAACUCAUAAUCCCAAAGCCUCGAAUUUACAUACUAAUAUUAGUAAAACUAUAGUUAAGCCGGAAAUUCAUAAACUAAUUAUAGAUUCAAUGAUGAAUAAUAAUAAUAACGGAGCUAUCAUAGCUAAAACAGUUUAUAUUACAUCUAAAGUAGCUUCCUAG